AUGCCGUCCCUAGUCAGGUCAGGCUUGUGGCUACUGGCCGCCAAAGCCAGCAAUGCUUUCUACAUUAUUCCUCAGCUCCCCGAGCCCAUGGCGACUUCUGUGCCUUUACUCGAAGAGCGUGAUGUGGAAUCGAUGGUGGGAAUUUUCAUUACGAACGGCCAGUACCAAACAAUGUACUGCAACCCAGGACGAACCCCAAUUGAUGUCAGCGGACGGGUAUUGUGUUCCUCGCCAGGCCUGGAUCCCCCUAACGCAUCGACUCCCGUGACGGCAUGUUCAGAUUCGUUCGCCCUCUUUGGUACUACAUCAGUCGCCUGUACAUAUCCGACUACGUGCGGUAGCAUGAGACUCCUGCUCAGCACUAAUGCUGCGUCGACCGAGACGUGGAUCGCAUGCGGCAGCGCUCUACCAGCCACAAUAUAUCGAAACCCUCCACCGAUCACAUCCGGGGAGACCACCACCUCCUCCAGCUCUGAAUCCAUGACUUCAACUUCCACGAGCACUCUACCUCCUUCGCCAACCCCCUCCCCCUCCUCAAGCCAGGCUUGGAUCGCCGGGCCAGUCAUCGGCGGUGUGGUGGCCCUUGCCCUCAUCGGAUUCUUCGUAUGGUGGCUCAUGAGGCGGAGGAAGCGAAGAGCUCAAGCUCAGCAGCCCGUAUCGCAGGUUGCCCAGACCUCCGAGGUUCCAAAAACUGGAUCGCCUGCCGUCACAUCUCAAUGGUCUUCUCCCGCACCAACCUACGGCUCUCCUCACAAUGGAUACGGCCCUACCUCUCCUACCGGGACGGCGGUGCCUCCCUAUCCGUCGGGGUAUCCUCCCCCCGGGCCAGGCUCGCCUUCUCAGAUGUCCUCAUAUGGGCAGGGUCCUUCUCCAGUGCAUGGUGUCUCCCCUCCUCCUGGCCCGUACGCUCACCAAUGGCAAGCACCCGCACCCAUUCAUGAGAUGCCUACGCAAAACUAUGACGGGCCAGCCGAAUUAAGCGGCAAUACUGGCUCUGCUGGAGCUGGUCCGUUCGAGGCCCCACCUUCGAAUAAGUAG